AUGCGCAUAAUCCUUAAGAUUUUUUUUGAGCUCCACAACACAUUAUCAUAAUUGAUUAAGUAAUGUUAUACCUAGCAAUUCUAACCUUGCUAUUAUUUUUAGUAGGUGCAUCCUUUUACUUGUUAGAGUAUAUAACCCAACUAUUCAAGACUAUUAGGGGAAAUGAAUAGAUUUGUAUUCCUCACUCUUCCUCAGUUAAUCAAGUAAAUUCAAGCAUAACGCCUAGAAAAAUAUGUGGAGAUAAAAUAUUCAGAGUCUUCUAAAUAGGAAUAAAAUAACAUUUCUUUACUAAUCAUCCAAUAGUAUAAAUAUUCUAUGUCAUUUUUGCUGUGGAAGGAUAUUUGAUUUAUCUCUUUUUUGGAUGUCUUACAUUGUUUGGUAAUAAUUCAUUAGUGUCACAUGCAGACACAGUAAUUGGAUAAAUAAUGGCAUUCUUUUUUCGAUUCCUUUUUUAAGGUUUGUAAAUACGACUAGGAAUAAUAACUAAGGAGAAUAAUUAAGUGUACAUUAAUGAAUUUAAGGAAUACAAUGAUAAUGUAGUUAUUUGUAAGAUAAUCAAUGCAGUACAUGUAAUGUCAUCAAACCAGCAAAAAGUAAGCAUUGCAGAUCAUAGUGUUUGGAGUAAUGAAAGAUUGAAAGAACUUGAAGUUCUUCAGACUGAAAGUAGAGAAAAGUUACUCAAAGAUGCAAAAACUCCUGAGGAGAUUAAGGAAUUGAGUGAUAAAUUAGAGAAAUUUUAGUCAUGUAAAAAUAGGACAAUUUCAGCUAAAUACAUAGGGAUUUGGAAAGGAUUGAAAAAAGAGUAUAAUGAACCAGAUGAAUUGGGCUAGAAAAUUAGAAUAAACAAUAGAAUAUAAUAAUAAUGGAUUAAUAAUAUAUGUGUUCUAGGAAUCCAAAAUAAGCAGUGUCUCGUUUUCUCAUUAAUCACAAACAAUAAGGAUUAUGUUGCUAAUAAUACAUAUAUUAAGAUAGUUUACCAUAGUAAUUUGUCGUCUCUUUGCAAUUGUAACUCACUUUAGUUAGGUCAGAGAUUAAUAAUAAAAUUAACGAUAUCUAUGAGGAGAAGAAGAUUAGCACUCAAUAUGACAUGGACGUACUCAAGAACAUUCAGCAAGCAUUCAAGGCCUAAAUAUUUCACCUAACUAUUAGGAAUUUUAUCUUUACUGACACUUAUCUUUUAUUUAUUUUCGGAACAAAUAAAGAUUAACAAGCUAAAUUAAUUUCGAUGCUUAUAUUAAUAAGAUUCUUUCAAGACUAAUAUAUAAUGUUUUGAAAAAAUUAUAUAAAAAAUAUGA